GGGCUGUCAAGUGAGUUUCCGGUCCUUUUCAACAUCUCGACGUAAUCAUGGCGGUCGGUAAAAGCAAAGCGAUUUCGAAAGGUGGCAAAAAGGGGUCGAAGAAGAAGGUUAUCGACCCUUUUUCCCGCAAGGAUUGGUACGAUGUGAAGGCCCCCAACAUGUUUGCUACGCGGAACAUCGGGAAGACCCUCGUGAACCGCACACAGGGCACCCGUAUUGCCUCCGAGGGUCUGAAGAACCGCGUGUUCGAAGUGUCUUUGGCCGAUUUGCAGAACGACAAUGACGCCGAGCGCUCUUACCGCAAGUUCAGGCUGAUCGCCGAGGAGGUGCAGGGCAAUAACGUGCUCACUAAUUUCCACGGGAUGGAUCUGACGACAGACAAACUGCGGUCCAUGGUGAAGAAGUGGCAGACUCUGAUCGAGGCCAAUAUUGACGUGAAGACCACGGACGGCUAUGUGCUCCGUGUGUUCUGCAUCGGCUUCACCUCCAAGGACUCCAUGUCACAGCGCAAGACUUGCUACGCGCAGCAUUCUCAGGUGAAGGCGAUCCGCAAGAAGAUGUGCGAUAUCAUCACGCGCGACGUGGCCAGCUGCGACCUCAAGGAGGUGGUGAAUAAGCUCCUCCCAGACUCCAUCGCCAAGGACAUCGAGAAGUCCUGCCAGGGCAUCUAUCCUCUGCACGAUGUGUACAUCCGCAAGGUGAAGGUGCUGAAGAAGACACGCUUCGACCUGUCCAAGCUGCUGGAGCUGCACGGCGAUGGGGGCGGCAAGGGCACCGAGGGCGCCGUGGCCGAGGGAGCCAAGGUCGACAGGCCGGAAGGAUACGAGCCUCCAGUCCAGGCUUCUGUCUAAACACAUUCUUUUGUGUUACCCUUCGAGGUGGCGAAAUAAACGGCUUGAAACAGAGA